AUGCAGGCCUCCGGCUCCUUCUCCAGCACCCGUUCGGGCAAGCCGCGCCCGGCGGACAUCAUCUCGUCUCGCGUCUCUGCGAGCGAGGCCCGGCCGUGGCCUUCGCCCUCCUUCAACUCGUCGCUCUCGCUCGACAGCGCCAUGGCCAGCGCCGAUGGAUCCAGCACCUCUGCCGACCCGCUGCGUCCUUCCAGCAAGGCGUUCGCGCUGCGAAGCCCCAUCUCCAUCGAUGGUCUGCCGCCCACGCCCGUCACCGCCGGUCUGAAGCUCUCGCCCAUCGACGGCAGCAAGCCGGACAGCCAGUCCAGCUCGUCCCACGGUGGCGUGCAGCAGCGCAUGCGCCUGCCAGGCCUCAGCGUGAUGCUCAACGUCGACUCGCCGCCGCCGUCUGCGCAGCCCGAGCUCUACUCUUCCGAGCAGGAGGUGCUCGCUGAUGGCGAGAUGCAGGCACCGCCAGCGCUCCGCCCCUCGGCGACCGGCGUCUUCUCAGGCCAGCCGGCUGAGUGGACCACGGGCAGUGGCUCCAUGGCGCCGCCCGCCGCUCCUCGUCUGCGCACCGGUGCCCUGCCCAUGAUCCGUCGCGGUACGUGGCACCCGUCGUCGUCGUCCGGCAGCAACAGCUGGCGCUCGAUGCCCUCCGACGAGAAGGUCGAGGGUCUCGGCCUGCAGCUGCACGGCGGCGACUCGCCCAUGGCCGCCGAGAUGAGCGGUCUGGCGCUCGUUGGCGGCGACAUGACUCCGCGUCUUCCCUCGCUCUCUUCGCCGUUGGCCACGCCGACGCUGCACAGCUGGGGUGCUCCCGUCAUGCCCGGAGCACCGCGCCUCAGCUCGGGCCGCUUCGAGAGCACGGUGCCCUCAAGCCCGAUCUCGCCCGCCCUUGACGCUCGCUGGCAGGCGCCGCUGCGCUUCGACUCGACGCCCUUUGCCGCCGAGUCGGCCGCUCCCAUGAGCAGCUGGACGCCGCGUGCCGUCCGCGCUGCCGAGAUGGAGCGUGAGCGCACCGUCUGCAUCGAGGGUGGCAUGCCUCGCAUGGAGGGUGUGCGCGGCCUUGGCAUCGACUUCGAGUAUGCGCCGUCCAACGCCGCCGCCGGCCCCUCGCGCCUUGGUCGUGGCGUCGUUGCUCAGCCGCCGCUGCGCGACGUCAUGCAGGAGGACGCACCCGCUGCCAUUCGCCGCACGCCGGCCCUCGUGCGCACGCUCAGCUCCAGCUCGCCGGGCGUCGGUCCUACGCGCUCCUCCGGCCUCACGCCACACGUCGAGAAGACGCGUCUGACGCCGUACAGCUCGGCGUCGCGCUCCAAGAACAACGCCUCGCCGCCGAGUGCUGCCACCGCCGCUGGCGCUACUGCCGGUGCAGAGAGUCCGAGCCUGCGUACACAGAGCAAAGCUCGCUCCGACCUGCUGCGCGAGCGCGCCAUGGCCGCCGCGGCCUCGCUGCCCGCCGACGGCUCGGCAGCCCACGUCUCCAGCCCGACGGCGUCGAAGAACAAGGGCGCCUCUUCUGGCCGUCCUGGUUCGGCGCCGACGAGUGCGUCGGCUGCCACGGCCUCGCCACCCAAGCGUCGCGGCCUCUCGGAACGCAAGGCCACCUCCAACCGCGACGGCGACAUGUCUCCGUGGGGCGUGUUCGACCUUGGAAGCACCGACGACGGCGCCUGGACGCCGCUCGGCCCACCUACCGCCUGCGGCGGUGCAGUCAAGGGCGAGGUCUCUAGCGCCAAGGCGCCUGCUGCCCGUGCUUCGCACGAGCCCAGGGGCAAGGAGAACGUCGGCCCCUCGGGCAAGCAGCGCCGCGCCGCUGGCUCUUCGGAGCCGGGCAGCAAGGCUCAGGGCAACACAGCCAAGCAAGGCUCGGCUCGCAGCGCUCGCAAGGACGUCUUUGGCUCGACGAGCCCCACCGAGACGACGGCGGCGGCGGCUCGGCGCUUCGUCAGCAUGCGCUGA